AUGUCAGAUGAUUCCUUGCACUCGCUAGAGACGAGUGAGAGCACCGAAAAGAAUGAAGUGAAAGAAACUGAGACUACUCAAUCGAGUAUGGUGCGACCUUACAUGGGACAGAAUUCCCAAGAUGACGAAAACGAUGAAAAUAACGAUACUGUCGAUGAGAUAGGUCAAUUUCAGAGAAACGUAAGAAGUAAUUCCAAUUUAAAACCUAGAAGUCGGAAAAAUAGCAUUAGAGGCUUAUUUGAAAGACGUCCAAGUGUGCUCACUAAUCCAAGUAUCGACAGCCAGGAAGUGGAAUAUGGCAAGCUGACAAAACAGUACUCCCACCAGGACUUCUUUUCUGAUGAUCUUCUGGGAGGAUCUCAAAUAACAAGGGUUAUGACGGAGAAUAGUGGUCCUGGAUCCAGAAUAAGAGGUCCAGGUGAUCUAGAGAGCAACAAAUUGAAAGAGAUUGAGUCCUCCCUGACUGACGACGAUGAUGAGAAGUCCCUAGGCAGUUGCAAAUCAAUACACAGGCAACCAAGUUGGGUUCCAGCUGAACUGGAGAGGAUAACCACAUCAAUCAGGUCCACUAUAUCUGCGAGAGCGAGAAAAGUUGGAUUCUUCAGUGAUGAGUUCCGCAAAACUCGGUCCUACAUGGUUGUGCAUUUUGCGCUGGUAUAUCUGGUAAUGGUACUUUUUGUCAUGGGAAUAUUUUCCGUCUACUGGGGUUCACUAUAUGAGAGAGACUCCAGACUGAAAAACCUCAAAUUUCUCAUUAUUGGUGACGAAAUAGGCGAUGAAAGCUUACUGACCGAUACUGUACUUCAAGCAAGUGAAACCCCAGAGCUACAAGCAAAAGGAACGUGGAUAUACCUGAAUUCUGCUGAAAUUCCUUCACAGUACACUAACGUAACUGAAUUUGCCAUACAUGAGGUACACAGACAGAAAUACUGGGCCGCUAUACUUGUCACCAGAAACAGCACAGCUAACAUCCGCCAAGCAUUCGAAACGGCGAACAGUAGCUUCACUAAUGAGGGCCUAAUAUAUUUGAUUUACGAAUCAGGCAGAGAUUUGACUGGUUUUGGAGCAUACGUUAUGCCGUCGCUCAAUGCACUGGAAGUCGAAGUACUGAGCAUGCAAGGUGAUGGAGUUUACGGACCAAUCAUAAAUAGUCUCAGUCCAGAUCAGACAUUAGAGGUUGCUGCAAAUACGACAUUAGCCAGUCAAUCAUUAUCAUUUACAAAGAUAGAUUAUCGACCAGUGACUGCGCCAGUUACUCAGGCACCACAGCAAAUUGGAUUAAUUUAUCUCAGCAUUCUGUCUUUCUUCCAGUUUAAUUUCCUUGGACCUAUACAUGCAAAGGUAUCUCAGGAUUUAAGGCGAUGGCAUUUUGUCCUCUACAGAAUGAUAGCAUCUCAGAUAUCAUUUCUAGUACUGUCGUUAGCAUUUACGUUGGUUAGUGUAGCAUUUCAGGUAGAUUUUUCCAGGGGAUGGUCUCAUGGGGGAAUUGCAGUGGCAUGGAUGUUUUCAUACUUAACGAUGGCAGCUGCUGGAGGCUAUAACGAAAAUAUGGCCCUUUAUGCUUUUGCAACUUAUCCACCCCUGGUAGGAUUUGGAAUGUUGGGGUUCGUGAUUGUGAAUGUGGCUCCAACGUUUGCACCGUUAGAGCUCUCACCCGGCUUUUACCAAUACGGAAAAGCAAUGCCUCUCUACAAUGGGUUCCAACUCUUAAGGACGGUACUCUUUGGGACUACCAAGAAGCACAUUGGAUUGAACAUUGGGGUACUCUUCGCAUGGAUUAUCGCGAUGAAUGCAUUAUUACCAUUUAGUUUAAGCUUCUUUGCGAAGAAGAAGUCACAAGAGGCAACUGCGGCUAAAGAAGCGGCACAAGCUGAAGCGGCACAAGCUGCCAAAUAA